AUGCCAAUCCGUCCCUUCGAUGAUUGGGUCGUAGGCCGCACUCAGUCCCUCCCCUUCUCGGCCCUCAAAGGUGCUGUCGUCGGUAUCGAUGCGUCGCAUUUUAUUGAGCAACAUCUGAUCAACGUUUCGACCCGCGAGGCCUUGUUGGGCGCACUGGGUGGUUUCCCGUUUGCCUUGAGAAGCAACAUCGAGAAGGAGCUCCAGACCUUCAAGAAUCUCGGCGUCGGAUGUAUUUUCGUGUUCAAUGGCCUGGAAUUUGGGAAGAAGGAUAACCACACAGCCCCCCCAGCCGAUCGAGUCGUUGACGCCUUCAGCAAUGCCGGUAUGAUGACCACCCUUUUACUUGAACCAGCCAGCCCAUGGACGAACCUUCCACCGGCGAUGCUUCCCUACCACUUUUGGUCCCAGCAGGCGAUGAUACCAGGCACUGACUAUGACUAUCGCGAACCAGGGACCCCUCCACCGGAAACCCUCUACAAGUUCCUGCAGCGGAUCUUGAACCAGAAUGGUGUCUCUUUUAUGGUGGCUCCCUACAGUGCUGCUGCCCAGCUCUCUUACCUUGCUCGUGGCGCCAAUCCUGUCGUCGAUGCAGUGUACGGACCAUCCGAAGCCCUUUUGUUUGAUCUAGAAAAGCUAGUGACCCGAAUCGAAACGGAACCCGCACAAUUCACUUGGAUCACGAAGCAGAAUGCCCAGGAGGAACUCGGGCGCCUGACUAACGAGCAAUUCCUCGAUUUCUGUCUGCUCCUGGGCUCUCCAUUCCUGCGAGCUUGUCCUCUCUUUGAAAGUCCCGCCUUCCCCGGCAAAAUUCCUACCGUGCGUGAUGCUUUGCCUAUGUUCAACGCCACUGGGCGAAGUGCCCUGACGCUUUGCGCCCAAUACGAGGAAGAUCGCCGCAUGCAGGAACUUCAAUACACAGACCGGUACAAGCGAGCAUACAUGAUUGUGAAACACCACGUUUAUAUGGACAUUGAUGGCCGCGUUGGCCCUAUGGAGCAAGAAACGACUUCUUCGGAUAUGCACGAGCUCAUCGGACAACGACUUCCCGAGGAGCUAUACUUCUACCUCUCCAAGGGUCUUUUGGGCCCAGAUGUCCCCAACUUCCUGACAUCAGGUGAAGUGCGCAUUUCAUUGCCUUUGGGCACUGAAGAUUCCGAAGUCUACCGUCAGCUCGUGGGUGAUACUCUCACACCGAUCCGAUCGCAGUCAAUCUGCCUGCUUGCCAAUUCCCUCCACCGAUUCUACCAGACCAAAGUAAUCCAUAUUCGUCCUUGGUUUGAUGAGAAAUCAGAGAGAAACAUCAAUCUCAAGAACAUCCCGUCGGUGAAGGAGACUAUCCAAGCCUGGAAGAUUUCUAGUGCCCAGCUGCCCGAUAGUGUCAAGAAGCUACAAUUGCCUCGCGGUUCUUUGAAGUAUGCCAUCCAAAGUGCUAGCACCUCGGAUUUCACAUCCAAGUCGUUUGCCACUAAGGAAACUCCUAUCCUGUCGACGCAAGAAGACAUAUUAUCCAACGUGAUGUGGCGAUUCUUGCAAUUGCGUGGCUAUGUCGACGAUAAGCACAAGCUGACCGUGUGGGGCAAAUGCCUUGAACAAGCGCUGUCAAAUGUGGACCCAGCGGACAAUCUCGAGGAGGCUAUUUUCAUUGCCAUUGAGAUGAUUCGCAUGGAUCUCCUUAACACUAAACAAUGGUUCUCCCAUGUGUCCGGAGGACCAAUGAGAGGGUCUGAGGAAGACAAGUCUUUCAACAUGCUGGUUUCGCGGGUGGCCUGCAUUGCGAAAUUGCAGCAUAAGCCGAUCGGCUACUCUGGUCCUUUGAGUCGACAACUUCUCUGUUACCGCUCUCUGAUCUCUGAGGUGCGGUCUGCACUGAGGAAUCUGAUUGAAGUGGUACUGGCUGGUCUGUUCCUCAGCGGCGAUGCCGACCGUGAUCGUAAUGACUGGACUGAAAUGGCAAUUAAGCUGCCUUUUAUUGACGAUAAUGACUGUGGCCUCGGUAUCGCUGUCCGCACUUACCUGGAUGACCUGCCUCUACAACCCAACCCCACCUCACCUGAGGCGCGGGCGGAAGUGAAGUCAAAGGGUAAGGAAUGGUUCCAGCACAGCGAAAGCUUCACCGGCAACCUGGAUCUUGCUUUCAAACUCUGGGACGCGGUAUACAAGGGAACCCAGAAUGCCGGUAAAGAGGUUAAGGAUGCGAAGCUGUGGAGUGAUGCAAACACCUGGUUGUCGGAGCGCCGAUGA